UCAGUCGUAAUCGCGCGCGGCAUGGUCGCGGUCGUACGUUGUUUGUUCCGCGUCGGGUCGCGCGACGUCGUCUCGUCCGGUCGUUCGGUCUCCGAAACCGACUAAGAGUGUUGAUAUUCCGUGAUAUCGGAAAUACCUCGCGAUUAUUUUUACGCUUUCCGUAACAUUACCGUAAUACUCUACACCAAACUGUUAAUAAUAAUAAUAACGACAAAAACAACAAUUGUUGUUGUUGUCACCUAUAUAAGACAAGACCCGCGAGUGCGUUCCAAUCGGUUUUCGCGGGAUGAUGUUUCGCAGCAGGUGGACAGCGGUAAUGCUGCUGGUGGCGGUACUCUUCCUGUCCUCCAACAGCCAAUUGUGGACUCCAGUUACGGGGUCCAACACGUUCAUAGACCAAAACACCAACUUAGCCGAAGACUUUUUCCCGGACGAAGGAGAGCCGGCGCCAAACAUCGAAGAAUACAGUAGCAUUUCCAAUUAUGAUGACUAUGACACGGACACAAACUCUUCCACUGCUUACGAAACUGACAACUCCGAUGUACUUUUGCCAAAAGGGAACAAAACGAGCGUCAUGCAUUUCGUCCGGCAACUGAACAACAUCACGAGAGACUCGGGCAAAUCGGUGAAACUCAACUGUGAGGUGACCGGUGAGCCGCCCCCACUUAGAAUCCAAUGGUACAUGAACGAGGUGCCGAUCGGAGGAUCAGACGGCGUCGGCGGCGGUGGUGGUGGUGACGGCGGGAACAGUGAGAAAAAGUCUAAGCCCCGACUGACGGUCAAGCGAUUUCAGUCCAGGCACAAGAACGGACUUGGGUCUAGGUUGCGAAUCAACAAGCUGGAGGUGCACGACAAAGGAUUUUUCACGUGCAAGGCCACGAACGGCAUUGAGGAAAUACAGUCUACCGCAAUACUCAUUGUCAAAGUCAACCGUUUCAGCCACGAUGAAUCCAGUAUAGACAUACCACAUUUCGGAUUUUCAAACCAGUAUCCGGUAGUACUAGAAGGGGAAACCAAAAUCAACUCACACCUUGGAAUCAAUGAACAGCAAAGCCCACUCGAAACUAUUCCAGAGCUUAGUCAAGUCUUAACUUACCCAAUAUGUCAAAUGUACCAAGGAUCACAUUGUUCAAAAUACCUACAAGGUCAAAACGUAUAUAUACCAGCCAAUUCUUCGCAAGCUCUUAUUGAAGGAAACCUCAGUUCAGCUUUUAAAGUGAUUACACGAUCUACUGAUAUGACCCCGGGUUGUGCAAAAUAUGCUCUCCCUUCAAUUUGUCAUACUGCGUAUCCGUUGUGUAGAAAGGAUAGGACCAUACCUAAGCCAUUGCUUGUAUGCCAAGAGGACUGUGAACUAUUGGAAAACGACAUUUGUAGUCAAGAGCAUGCAAUUGCCAAAAAACAUCAUUUACUUGGACGUUUUGUUAAUUUACCUAAUUGUUCUUCUUUACCAAAAACCGAUUGUUUUGAACUUGGUAUUGAGAAACCAGAAGUCAAUGAAGAUGAAAAGUGUUAUUGGGGACUAGGAGUUUCAUACCGUGGCACAAUAUCAUCAUAUCAAAAUCUAUCAUGUGUCCGUUGGAGUCAGCAGUUAAUUGUAAAAACAUCUGAUUACAAGGAACUUCAAGGAGGCCAUCGUUUCUGUCGCAAUCCAGGAUCUGAAGAAAGUGAACCUUGGUGUGUUAUUGAAAUGCCAGACACAGGGCAAAUGAAAAAAGUGAUAUGUGAUGUACCACAUUGCAUGAGAACUCUUCAAUUGCCAAUUUUCAUUGUAAGCACAGUCAGUAUUUCUUUAUUUAUUGUACUGGUGGUAAUGGUAAUUUGCUGUAUUCGAAGAAAAAGUAAGCGACGGAAUUCAGCAAUACGUCGUAGACUGCCACCUUACACAAAUCAAAAGCAAGACAUUGUAAAAGGGAAGACUAAUGGUCUAGAACUAUCAUCACUAAUACCAGGCUCGAGUGCUUCAAGUCAAAAAUCGGAUAAAUACUGUAAAGUUAGACAAUAUGCUUUGGGUGAAAUCACAUUUUUACAGGAAAUUGGAGAAGGCGCUUUUGGCAAAGUUUUCAAAGGUCAAGUGGCCAAUGAUAUGGGUACCAUAAUUAUGGUAGCCAUUAAAACAUUGAAAGAAGGUGCAAGCGCUAAGACUGCAGCAGACUUUAAACGUGAAACUGAUUUAAUGGGAGAACUACGACAUCCAAAUGUGGUUUGCUUGGUAGGCAUGUGUUCACGUCCAGCAUGCUUAUUGUUUGAAUACAUGGUUGGUGGAGACUUACAUGAAUUCCUUAUGGCCCGCUCUCCACAUUCACCAAAUUCCCCAAUAGCACCACCACUUAACCAGGCAGACUUUAUGUAUAUUGCUACUCAGAUAGCUUCAGGCAUGGAAUACUUAUGUGGCCAUCAUUACGUGCACAGAGAUUUAGCUGCUAGAAAUUGUUUAGUCGCUGAAAAUCUUACAGUGAAAAUAUCAGAUUUUGGUCUUUCAAGGGAUAUUUAUUCAUCUGAUUAUUACAGAGUACAAUCAAAAUCAUUGUUACCUGUAAGAUGGAUGCCACCUGAAUCUAUUCUGUACGGUAAAUUUACAACUGAAUCUGAUGUUUGGAGUUUUGGUGUUGUAUUAUGGGAAGUUUACAGCUAUGGUUUACAACCAUAUUAUGGAUAUAGCAAUCAAGAAGUAAUUGAAAUGAUUCGUUCGCGCCAACUACUUCCGUGCCCUCAAGAAUGUCCAUCAAGAAUGUACUCACUAAUGAUGGAGUGUUGGCACGAGGCACCUGUACGACGACCCAAUUUCACAGAAAUCCACUCUCGACUUCGACAAUGGGCGGCCAUGUCUGUAUCAGCAGCACCUACUAUGACAUACUCUAUGGUGCGCCCUGGAAGUCAAUCUGAUCGCACAGGUUCGUCAAAUGUGUCAUCUACUUGUAGGCCAGUCAACAUAUGAGUCACUAAAGUCUAUUCUCAUGUAGAAGUCCCCUUUUGUACAUAAAUAUCAAAUGCUUACUGCCUUACUACAACAUAUAGUUAAUUAUCCGAGUGCAUUUCUCUCAUCAAUUCACAUAACAUACAUAAAUGUACAUUUUCUUAUCAUAAUUUGUUAAUCGAUGUGGUGUUGUACAAAUAUUAGAAUAAUAUUUGUAUUAUGCUUAAUCUAGUCGUUAAACAAGAAAAUUUCGUAUUUAUUAUAAUUAAUUUCAUCUAAAGACUGUACAAAUUUAGUUAGUGUCAUAUUUAUUUUUAUAAAUAAUAUGUUUUCUUUUUUUCUUAUCAAAAUUUUACUUAAUUUUGAAUUAAUUUAAUUGUGAUUGAUAUUAGGGAAGAAAUUUGCUUUACGAAUUGCACUUAACCAUUAACAUGUUUUGUAAAAAUUCAAGUAAUUAUAAUUUAUAAGUUUAUACAAAAUUAAUUGUCAUGUAUUUAAAUUAUUGUUAACAAUUAAACCUUCUAUGAGCAAUAUUCAUGUCACUAUUAAUGCAUGCGCAAACAACAAUCAUACUUCAAUAGCUCAAACUUCAAACACCAAAUACAAAUUUCAAUGUGACAAAAUGAUUGCUUAAAAUUAUUUAUAAGAUAUUGAAUUAAAAAUUGCAUUUAAAUAUCAAAAGUCCACUGUAUUAACUAUGGCAAUCGCUUACGUUACAGGUGUUGCUCGUGUUCAAUAUUAAAACAAUUAUUUGAUCAUAUUCUUCUGUCACAUCACAAGAAUUCAUAAUUAACCAUCUUCCACACGCCAAGUUAUAUUCGUGCUUACAUUUAACGUUUGUUUAAACUAAAUUUUCUUGUGCAUACUCCAUCUGCCGUGUUCAAAUUCAUUCAUGUAUGGGAAUAGGAAACGUUACGCUUUUAAAUCACGAGUGAAAACACCAGUGUAUGAUUGAAUUCUUGAAAACCAUAAUAUGGUUGUGUUAAUUUUGUUAGAGUUGUGACGUUGUUGAGAUAGUAGUUUCUCUUGUACCUAUUUAUAAUAACCUACUACUUUUAUUAUUAUUACUUAUCAGGUGUACAUAAGAAUUUUGUUGUACAUACGCAAAUAAUGUAUAAUAUAAUUUAUUAAUUAUUACCUAUGUAUUUUUUUUUUUGUAUAUUUUGACUAAUAAUAAUUAGCAUAUAAUAUUGUUUACUUGGUAAUAUUAUAAUUCUUUAAGAAUUAAUUACAUUUUUCUAUUAUAACAUUAUAUAUAACUAUGUUUACUUAAAAUCAAAUGUCAUAAGAGUAAUGUGUAAAUUGUUUUUUAUUAUACUCAUAUUGUAACGGUACACUCUAGUCUACUUAAUGUUUUAGUGUGUAAACAUAACUUAAAAUAUAAAGACUGUUGAAAAUGUUUUCAAAGAAACCGCUAUUAUACUUGUGUUUUUAUUUAUAUUUUACAGAAUAAUUAUACUAUAUAUCUAAAUAAAA